AUAAACUUAUUAAAUAGAAGAAUGUCGCGGAGCUAUGAUGAAAGAUGCCAAUUGUACCUUGAAUCUACACGAGAAAACAAGUUUCUCAAUGGACUUCUCGGUCCUGAUUUAAACAUAAAACGACAGAAACUGCAGAGUGAAACGUUAGCAUUGCUUUCUUCUCAUGCUGAUGACAUUGGGCUGCAAAUGCGGAUAUUGAAUCUGUUUUGGUCGAAAGUUUGUUACUCCACUAUCACAAACAUCAGGAAAUGUCGGCGUCAGUUAAAGCAUGGAAGUGCUCAAGAAGUAGAAUGCAGGAACUUGCUAUUUUCGAUGUUCUCUUUCUUCCAGAGUUUGUCAGAAGCCCUAUCAUCGGAGAACCCCUAUCUCUGCAUAGAUUGGACGAAACCGAAAGAGGAUAUCGAUGAAGAGGAGCCCAUGAAAGAGACUAAAAACUGCGAAAUACUGGAAAAAAUACUAGUACUUCAAGGAGACGUGGCUCGAUAUCUUCUGGAAAUAGACGAUUCGGUUACUUACGAAUCCUUUGCCAAAAGGUGCUACAUGCAAGCUAUGGCUGUGAAUCCUAAAUCUUCGCAAUCUUUGUGCCAAUUGGGAACUUUGAUGUCCUCAAAAAACUUCAGAAUCGAUUCAAUCUAUUGGUACUUCAGAGCUCUACACGUUCAUAGUGAGUGUUCAAAAGCCAAAAUAAACUUGGAUAGAAUUUUGGCGAAAAAUGUGAGGUUGUAUAAAGAAUCCUCAGCUAUUAGUGUAGCGACAGCAAUGCAGCCGCGAGAUUAUCUUGAGCUCCACUGUAAAAAGUUUUGCUCCUCGUUGAUUUACGUUUUGGGAUUAAUCGCGUUCAAGAAAGAGGCGGAAAUGCCGACUGAUGUUGAAGUUUGUAGAUGCUUUGAAAAUACUUUGAGCGAGUUUUCUGAAAUUAGUAAAUUUAUGUGGAGCGCUUUUCAAUAUACCCCCUACUUUCUAAACGACACAAUUAUUUUCAACUCUGUAAUAAUUUGUAUUGUUACCGUAGGUUACCUAAAAAAGUUGAAAUCUGGAAAGCUUGAAAUUGUUCUCGGGUUUGUGCUUUGUUACUUUUCCAAGAUAGUUCAACUUAUGAUUCUGCGGUUAGAUUAUUUCUUUAGUUCAGUGACGGCAAAAGCCGGAAUUGCAAGUAAAAGUAACGAUAAAAGUGGAGAUAAAAACGCCUUGUUAGGUAUGGUUAAAUUAAGUUCAACUCUAAAUGAAGGCGGGUCGAAAAAGUUCAAAAAACGAACACGACGAAGAAGGAGAGUUGCAAGAAUGUCACCUGAUGUUUUAAGUGAAGACGAAGAUGAACUUAAUACGCGACUGUCUAAUUCAGACUCGAAAGAAGGAGAGAACGAUUCAAUGACGUCAUCGAAUGACGAGGCUUCUGAUUGGUCGGGAGAAAAUGAUUCAGAAUCGAGUGUUGGAAAUAACGGCGAUACUUCACAAACUGAAGUUCGAAAUAAAGAAUCAGAAGUUGAACUUAAAAUGGAAAAUGAUUCGAAACCGGUUGAAAUCUCAGAUAAAAAUCAAGUUCCAGCGGAAUCGCCAGUAUCGGAAACCGAGAAAAAAUUGCCAAGUCUUCAAAAUUUUGAAACAGCGAAGUCGUUGACUAGUAUUAACGAAAUUAAAAUUCCUGUUGAGUCUUUAGUUCGGAAUUUUCAUCUUAGCGAUUCAAUAAAACAGCAGCUUGCUAAAGCUUUCGAAGAUACAGAGUUUUUGGCUCCUUUGAAGGUCAUAAUUGAUUGGCUGAAAGAAGAUAAUAACAUCAAAAAACAACUACCAAAAUUCUCAUUGGUUCAUUUUAUAGUGGCUCUAUCUAAUAGAAUUGAUAUCAAAAAUCUCUUUGCACAAAAUGAUCUCCAUAUGUUCGAAGGGAAAUAUAAAACAACCCCAUUGGUUGAAGAUUAUGCUCUGAGAAAUGUCAAUUUUCUCCCUAAAAGGUACAAAAAUUUAAACUGGAACCAUUCUGCAAUAUCAGAAAAUGAAGAAACGUUUAUGAGAGUAGCACUUAUUUACGACUUCGUGGAACGAAUAAGCAAAGAUGAUGAUUUCGCAAUUACUAAGGAACUUGCAACAGCUGAAUUUGCAUCAAGUCAUGAAAUAAGACAUGAUGAAUAUUCUCGAUUUAUUCUAAGCCUGGGCAUUGAUCUAAAUGUGAAAGAACAAUUGAGUCCAAGUUUGAGAGGAGAAGAUUCAGAAAAAGAGAAAAGAAAGCUAAAAAUGAUGGAAAGUAUGGGUCAACUUCGACUAAAAUCCGAGGUUGAACGACUUAAAAAAGAAGUUGAACAAAUUUCAUCUAAUUUACCAUUCGUAAUACCUGAAGCAUAUUGUUUCACAAAUCGCUUAGACGCUAUUCGAAAACUAGCUGAGUCGAAAAAAGUGAUAAUAAUUGUCUCGAAAACUGCUUUAAAUUGCUUAGACUCAAUGAAAAAAGAUCAUCCAAGCGCAAGAGAAGCAAUUAAGUUUCUAGAAAAUGCACUUUCAGUUAGCAACACAUGCGUUCGAGCGCAGAAAGACUACGAAUAUUCGCUCGUAGACUUGAGCUCGGUUAAUUUCAACUGGAAAAGAAACAGAAAAUUGGUGAGUCUUUGUGAUAUGCUAUCGUGUGCGAACUAUUUUGUGCAAGCUCCAACGUCAAGUGAAAUCACAGAAGUAAAGCAAGCUACGAUACUGUUUGAAAAUCAACCGGAUCCUUCAAAUAUGGGCAUAAUUCUGAGUAGUUUAGGCGCGGAAAGUCCGAUUGGUUAUGAUAUACUUGAUCACUUUUGCAGAAAAUUCUUUAAUAAAUGAAUUGAAACUAACUGUUUGACUCCAAUUUGAUUUUAAAAAAAUUGUGCUUUACAACGAGAUUUUGAAAACUGUUGGACAAAAAUUAUAUCGAAUUUAGUUGAAACGUAGCCUUGAUUUUUUUCUCUGCAAAACAUGAUGGCUUAAUUAGGACGUAGGUAAGGUCUCUGUUAGAGAUGUAACCAGAAAUGUUUUUGCCGGAAUUCCGCAACCGGAACUUUCAACUGCCGGAGUCAGGAUUCCGGAACCGGAUCCCUGAGUUCGUAUAUGGUGCUGAUGAGUAACUGCACAAUGCAUAUUUUUACUUUGGCUAGCUGUGCUUCACUGUGCUUUGUGCGCCAACGUCCUUUCCGUUAAACUUAACAGAGUAACUCUGUGGUGAUCCGAAAGCAUAGUUUUGCUCCAUGAUAACAUGCUUCUUUUGAAUCCAUAAUUCAAGUGUUUGAAAGUUU